AUGGAGAAGUUCAAAGCCCCAAAUCCAUGUCUCCUUUUCUUUAUUGUGGUUGUGUCUUUCACAAUUCUUACUACACCAGGCAAGGCAGAAACGACUACAAUCCACAAGGAAGAUACUCGAAAUGAAGGGAAAAAUGCUCGGUUGUCGGGUUCCCUUCCCGGUGGUACUCCUAUUAACAAUGUUCCAUUUGCCAAACCUGUUGGCAACAAUGGGAAGCAAUUUCAACUUGGUUACCAACAGCAACAAGACCCUAACUAUCCACAACAAGGCAUUAACCAGCCUCUGACAGGCUUCAGUCCGCCGUUUUCCGCUACGAACCAGCCUUACUCCGGGUUUAAUCAGCCAUUUUCUAAUACCAACCAACCUUUCGGGGGUACAAACCAAGCUGGCUCAAUGGAUUACGCUGCCUUUGGUAAUGGUGUUCCAACGGAGAUGGCCUGCAUUCAAGGUAUUGCCUUGCUCUGUAUACUUACAUUGAUGGUUUGCUUUGGGUUUUAG